CAGUGCCCACGUGCAUCGUGUCGGAGUCACUCGGAAAUCUCGGAAUCUUUCACAACCGCUCGCAAGCUAGCUACUCGCAACAUGCGUAUAGAAUCGUGUUAUUUCUGCUCGUCCCGGAUAUAUCCGGGACAUGGAAUUCAGUUUGUAAGGAACGAUUCUAAGAUAUUCAAGUUCUGCCGCGCGAAAUGUCACGCUGCAUUCAAAAAGAAGAAGAAUCCCAGAAAAGUCAAAUGGACCAAAGCCUACAGGAAGACCGUUGGCAAGGAAUUGGGAGUGGAUCCGUCGUUCGAGUUCGAAAAGAGGAGGAACGUGCCCGUCAAAUAUAACAGAGAAUUAUGGAGUAAGACUAUCGAGGCAAUAAAGAAGGUAGAAACUAUCAGGCAGAGGCGACAGAAUCUACACAUUAUGCAGCGAUUACGUAAGGGAAGAGAACUCGAACAAGAGAAAGACAUAAAGGAGGUGCAGCGUGACCUGUCUCUCAUCCGCUCGCCAGCCGCUGGCCUUAAAGAAAGGAGGAAACAGGAAGAGACAGCCGAAGAACAUGAAGAGAUGCACGUAGAUGAAGAUUCUAACAGUGAACUCGAAGCCGAGGAAGUGGAAGUAAAUUAAAUCGUUGUAUAUAUUUUUAUUUACCCCUGUCAUUUCAUUUUCAUAUCCCACAAAUUACUUCCACUCUGUGUUAAUAAAUUAUAAGUUAUAAUAUACGUUAUGUAAUAAAUCUAUGUAGAUAUAGAUUCGAUUUUUGUUUGCGUAACAAAAAAAAGCGGAAAAUCAUCAUUGCAAAAACUAUAAAAGAAUAAAAACUAAAAAGUAA